GCUCGGGAAGCGACCGCGGCGGCCGGCCGGCGAGUUCUCCGGGAGGGCGGCGGCGGCGGCGGCGGCGAGGAGGGGGAACCCUAGGCUUCGCGGUUCUUGAGCUCCGUUGGGUUUCGGCGGGGGGCUUUUCUCUCUUGAGCACGAGGUUGGGAAGUUAUGGCCAUGGAAAUCACUCAGAUUUUGUUAUCUGCUCAAUCAGCCGAUGCGAGAGUUAGAACUGAGGCAGAGACCAGUCUUAGACAGUUCCAAGAGCAGAACUUGCCUGUUUUUCUUCUAUCAUUGUCGUUUGAGCUGUCAAAUAAUGAGAAGCCUACUGAAUCCCGUCGGUUGGCUGGUAUCAUUCUUAAGAACUCUUUGGAUGCCAAAGAUGCUACCAGGAAAAGCAUUCUUGUCCAGCAAUGGAUGGGGAUUGAGAUUGCAAUUAAAUCUCAGAUAAAAGAAUUGCUCUUAAGGACCCUUGGUUCAUCUGCACAAGAGGCAUGGCACACUUCUGCUCAAGUAAUUGCUAAAAUUGCUUCUAUUGAGAUACCACAAAAGCAGUGGCCAGAGUUAAUAGCAACAUUGCUUAACAAUAUGACUCAGCGCGAUCGGCCUUCGACACUUAAGCAGGCAACGUUAGAGACUCUUGGAUUUGUAUGUGAAGAGAUAUCUGAUCAAGAUCUCGUGCAAGAUGAAGUAAACACUGUUCUCACUGCUGUUGUUCAAGGUAUGAACCUUGCUGAGCACAGUCCUGAAGUUCGCCUUGCUGCAACAAGGGCAUUGUGUAAUGCUUUAGGCUUUGCUCAGUCUAACUUUGAAAAUGAGAUGGAACGGAACUACAUAAUGAAGGUGGUGUGUGAAACUGCUCUGUCCAAGGAGGUGGAGAUUAGGAAGGCAGCUUUUGAAUGUCUUGUUUCUAUCGCCUCAACAUACUAUGAUGUGCUUGAACCUUAUAUGCAGACUUUAUUUGAACUCACAUCAAACGCAGUGAAAGGCGAUGUUGAGGAAGUUGCCCUUCAAGCUGUCGAGUUUUGGAGUUCUAUUUGUGACGAAGAAAUAGAGCUUCAAGAGUUUGAGAGUUCUGAAAGUGCAGACUCUGGGUCUCCUCAUUCACGGUUCAUUGAGAAAGCUCUGCCUGCUUUAGUUCCCAUGCUGCUGGAGACUUUGCUAAAGCAGGAAGAGGAUCAGGAUCAGGAUGAUAGCAUUUGGAAUAUAUCUAUGGCUGGUGGCACUUGUCUUGGUCUUGUUUCUAGAACUGUAGGAGAUCCUAUUGUUCCUCUUGUGAUGCCUUUUGUGGAGGAUAAAAUAAGGAAGCCGGAUUGGCAUAGUCGUGAAGCUGCCACAUAUGCUCUUGGUUCAAUCCUUGACGGGCCAACAUUUGAGAAGCUAUCUCCUUUGGUUCAUGCAGGUUUAGAUUUCCUUCUUAAUCUGAUGAAGGAUGAGAACAAUCAUGUCCGCGAUACAACUGCGUGGACACUCACACGCGUUUUUGAGUUGUUGCAUAGUCCAGCCAAUGGGUUUUCGGUACUCUCUCCUGGAAACCUUCCAAGGGUUGUUAGAGUAUUAUUGGAUAGCAUGCAGGAUGUGCCCAAUGUUGCAGAGAAGGUUUGUGGGGCAAUUUAUUACCUUGCCCAGGGGUUUGAAGAUGCCGGAACAAAUGCUUCACUUCUCUCACCAUACCUACCAGACAUCAUGACGUGUCUGGUUGCAACUGCUGAUCGCACGGAUAGUGGUGACUCCAAGCUCAGGUCGUCUGCAUAUGAAACCAUCAAUGAGGUAGUUAGGUGCGCCAAUAUUGCUGAAGCAUCUCAAAUUAUAGCGCAGCUCCUUCCUGCCAUCAUGAAUAAGUUGGCACAGACAUUUGAGCUCCAAAUCGUGUCAUUAGACGAUAGAGAAAAGCAAAGUGAUCUGCAGGCUUCUCUCUGCGGCGUUCUUCAAGUCAUUAUUCAGAAACUAAGUAACACCGACGGAACAAAACCCAUAAUACUACAGUAUGCAGAUCAGAUUAUGUUACUAUUCCUUCGGGUUUUUGCCUGCCACAGCUCUACGGUGCAUGAAGAAGCUAUGCUUGCUAUUGGUGCACUUGCUUAUGCUACAGGUGCAGACUUUCUGAAAUAUAUGCAGGAGUUCUACAAGUAUUUGGAGAUGGGAUUGCAGAACUUUGAGGAAUAUCAGGUCUGUGCGGUUACUGUGGGUGUUGUUGGUGAUAUUUGCCGUGCCUUGGAUGACAAGGUGCUUCCAUUUUGUGAUGGGAUUAUGGAGCUCCUUCUCAAUGAUCUCCGCAGUGAUGUACUGAACCGGUCUGUUAAGCCUCCCAUUUUCUCUUGCUUUGGUGAUAUUGCUCUUGCAAUUGGAGAUCGCUUUGAAAAAUACGUCUGCUAUGCACUGCCAAUGAUGCAAGGAGCUGCGGAAAUUUGUGCCCAGAUGGACAUGGAUGAUGAAGAGUUGAUGGAAUACGGUUAUCAGCUCAAGCGUAGCAUUUUUGAAGCUUAUUCUGGAAUACUCCAGGGCUUUAAGGAUUCAAAGUCUGAGGUGAUGUUGCCAUAUGCGUCACAUCUCAUGCAAUUCAUCGAGUUGGUCUUCAAGGACAGGCAAAGGGAUGAGUCUGUCACGAAGGCUGCAGUAGCGGUGACAGGAGAUCUCGCGGAUGCCCUGGGGCCAAACAUAAAGUUACUAUUCAAAGACCGUGCAUUCUUGAAUGAACUCUUGGGUGAGUGUCUGCAAUCUGAUGACGAGCAGCUCAAGGAAACGGCGACUUGGACCCAGGGGAUGAUUGGACGCAUUAUGGUCUCAUGAUGAGGAGCACGUUGUCCAUGUAUGUUUGAUUUCUAUUCUUCACAAGUGGACAGCGUUGUCUAGUCGGUAAAAUCUUCCUGUGAACUCAAAAAAUUAUAGUGUCCAGUGUCUUAUGGUCUAGAAUAUUAGUCCCGAGCUCCCGAUUGUUUUUGCGAUGUGAGUCAUCUGGGAGUGGGAAGAUUUUAGGGUGCAUUUGUAAUGUUCAUUGGCCCUUUGGGGAUUUGGAUAUCUCUUCAGUUAUUCAGCCACUAAAUCAGUGGUUUGUUGAGUCA